AGAUCUUUACUAUGACAAAUAUCAGAAAACAGUAUAUAAUUAACUAGUCCAUAGGAUAAGUACCAUAGGAUUUAUGUAUUAAAGCAACAAGUAUCAGAACCAAGAUCUAAGUGUGAAUAGACUCGUCCUAUUUUAUUUUUUAGAACAAGUUCUAAAUUUGUAAAGAUGAUGAAAUCAAAGUCACAGAGUUUGCACCUAUACGAGAUGCAAGGCUCAUUACCUUCAUAUAAUGUUAAAGCAACUAUAGUACCUUGUGAAGGUACCGAUAUUGUAUUUUUAUAUGGAGGGUUUGAUGAUCUGGAUCAAUUAGAUGGUAAUGUAUAUCUUUUAAAUUUAAAGACAAAAAUUUGGGAAGUUGAUGAUAAACAUGAAGGAAUUUAUAGAGAUGGUCAUCUGGCAAUUCAUAUAGGAAAUGGGAAUGUUUUAGUAUUUGGUGGAGUACCAUAUGAUGAAGAAUUUGCUGAUACAGUAUCUAUAUCCAAUAGAAGAAAUCAAAAUCAGAAUCAUAUUCCAAAUCAAAAUCAAAAUCAUUCAUUUAAUAAAAAUAGUAUAAUGUUAAUUUAUAAUAUUUAUACUAAGAAAUGGAUUGGACCCCCAGAUUUCGCAUUAAGUAAUGCACCAGCUCCAAGAUCAAGACAUGCUUCAUGUUUAUCUCGGGAUGGAUCUAAACUUUAUAUAAGUGGAGGUUUAACUAAAUCUUCUAAUGGAAAUGUAUGUCUGGAAGAUUUAUAUUGUUAUGAUUUAACUUCAGGUAAUUGGAUGGGGCCUAUAAGAUUUGUUUCAAGAUUUGAUCAUUUUAUUAAAAUUCAUGAUGAUAAAUUAUAUUCAUUUGGUGGACUUGAUAGAGAUAUGAAUCAUGUAGUUAAUACAGUAUCGUUUUAUUCAUUUAAAACAAAAGAAGUUGGAGAAAUAACUUUAUAUUCUCCUUAUGAUUAUCAAUAUACUCCACCAUCUGAUAAAAGAUAUUUCUUUGGUGAAGAAAGAAUCUUUUUAGAUUCAAAAAUAAAUUCUUCAUUAACUUUAAAAAUGUUUUUACCUCCAUGGAAUUCUAAUAUAGCUGGACUUCAUAUUGAUUAUUUUAAUACUGAGAAAUAUGAAACUUUAAAAGUAUGUGAUGUAGGAAGUUUUGCACCUUAUUUUAAACAAAAUUAUAUUGAUAUUAUGAGUUAUUCUUGGAAAAUGGGAUUUAUUCAUACUGGUGAUGAUAGUUUAUAUUUAUUAGGAAAUAAAUUCCGAAGAGAUUUUGAAGAACAGCCACUUGGAAAUGAAAAUGAAAAUGAAAAUGGUGAUGGUGAUGGUGAUGGUGAUGGAGAUAGUUUAGAUCCUAAAUUAACUUCACUUUUAAAGGUAAAACUAUCUUCAUUAGGUAUACCACUGAGUAAUUCAAUUCAAUCUUAUUCACUGAAUAAAUCACAAUUAACUGUUGAUUUAAAGAAAUUAUUAACUGAUGAAGAAUUUACUGAUUUUGAAAUCCUUGCCUUUAAAGAUGAAACUGAUAAAUGUGAAUAUUCAGAAUAUUCAGAUUCUUUUGAUAUUGAAAAUUUAUCAAAACUGAAUAAAUUAAUUAGUAUUAAAGUUCAUAAGGCAAUUUUAAUAGCUCGAUGGCCUCAUUUUCAUAGAUUAAUAUCUAUUGGAAUGAAUGAAACUAUUCAUAAUAAGAUGCUUAUACCAGAACCUCAAAAUUGGGUUAAGGGACUUAUUUUCUUUCUUUAUAGUGGAUCUAUAGAAUUUGAAGAUUAUAUUUUCCCUGAGUUUACAAUCCUUGAUUAUUUAGGAUUAUUAAUUCUAUCAAAUUUAUAUAAUUUACCCGAUUUAAAAGAAGUGGUAUUAUUUCAAUUAUAUCGAGAAUUUGAAGAAUUUCAAAUUCAAUUAUUUAAAGAUCCAGAAAAUGAACAAAUAAUUCUGAUACUUUUAAAAUUAUGGAAAGAAUUAUCGAUUGGAAAUAUUGAAUCGAUAUUUCUUAUGAAAGUUAUUGAAUUAAUAAAAUCUAUAUGGAGUACAAUCACCAGAUCUAAUGCAUUUUUAAGUCUUAGUAAAGAACUUAUAAUUAAACUUUGUCAAGAUUCAAGUGAUGAAAUGAAAUCAGAAAGUAAUUUAGCCACUCCUGAAUCAAGUCAUGGAUCUUUUGAUCAAAAUAAUUAUAGUGAUGAUCUUGAAACUCCCGCCCGAGUUUCAAGUUCUCCAUUUGUUAUUGAUUUAGUUCAUCCUACUCAUCGUCAAAGUAGUUCAUUUUCUAGUCUUCAACAUUUGACAGGAGUAUUAAACGAUAAUUUACAUACGUGACAAUUCUACUUUUAACAAUUAUACAUUUAAUUAAUACAU